AUGCAUCAAAAUAAAAAUGUUGCUCAACAAACUAGUUCCCCAUCAGUUUCACCUGGAACUAGAGUACAACAGAUCAUAGAAAGGUCUUCAAUACAACAAAAAAGAGUAGAUGGAAUUAAAAAACAACUUAUUUUUGGGGAGACCAUCAAGGACCAGCUGUCAGAGAGUUAUAAAUCGUUAAGCCCAAAAGAAAAGAAGGUAUUUAGGAAAAUAAUGGAUGGAAAAAUUAUUAAGAAGUACAAGCUUCAGCGAACGUGUUCCAAAGUUUUUCGAUAUACAAAAACAAGAGUAGUGGAAUACAGCCAUAGGAAUGUAGAUGUUAAGUAUCAGAAAAACCGAAGAGCAUCUGAAAAUAGGAAUAAAAUUGUGGCGUUCUUACAGGAAGAUGUUAAUAGCCGGAUUUGCCCCGGUAAGAAAGACUAUGUUACAAAGAAUAAAUUCACCUAUCAAAAAAGAUAUUUAACAAACACUUUGAAGAAUUUGUUCAAAGAGUUUUGUAAAAAAUACGCCGAUGUCAAGUACGAUCCUGGUAACGUUGUAUCAUAUAGUCAGUGGAAAAACAUAAAACAAACUUAUUUCAGCAAACGAUCACAAAACAACGUUACCAGUUUGAAAAGUGCUAAAAUUAUUCAAGAGAUAGAAAUAUCGGAUCUUUUGACCAAAUUUGAAGAUAGGUUGCCUCUUUUUUUGGCACACGAGGGACGCAUUUUUCACCAAUACAAAGCAAUCAAGACACUGAAACAGAACAUGACAAAUGAGGAAAUACUCAUUCACUGUGACUUUUCUGAGAAUUAUAAUCUAAAGUACGCAGAAGAAGUCCAGUCUUAUCAUUUUGGAGGAUCAAGGCAACAGAUUACGUUGCAUACUGUGGUAAUUUAUAGCCGAGCACACGAAAACGACUUGAAGGUUGACAGUUUUUGUACAUUAUCAGAGUCGUUGGAGCAUGGUCCCGGUGCCAUAUGGGCUCAUCUGUUUCCACUGAUCAAACUCUAUAUUGAUAAUAGGGUAAAAUUGUUGCAUUUUCUUAGCGACAGCCCCAGUACACAAUACCGCAACAAGAAAAUGUUUGCAUUCAUUACAAAUGGCAUCUAUAGCUACUUUCCGGAACUAAAAUCAAAUACCUGGAACUACCAUGAGGCCGGACAUGGUAAAGGUGCCCCGGACGGCAUUGGUGGAGUUUGUAAAAGGAGUGCAGACCGUACUGUUGCUCAGGGAUCUGAUGUGAGUUCUUUCAGCCAAUUGGUUGAAAUCCUGAAAGCCAACUGCUCAGGCAUAUCCUUUUUGGAGAUUCAUGCUUGUGAAAUUGAAAAAUUUUCAGAUGCUAUAAAUAAAGCUGAGGUUCUGCCAUUUAAAGGAACUUUGAAGGUUCGUCAAGUAAGAUCUCUAAGAGACCACAACACACUAUCUCUAAGAGAGCUCUCCUGUUUCAUUACACUAUUGGAACUUUAUCUUAUAAUUCGGUAA